AUUCACUCUCGAGGAUAUCGAUAUGCAUAUCUUCCUCCAUAUUCCCCUGAACUGAAUCCAAUUGAGCAGUUUUAGUCAGUCGUCAAAAGUAAAGUUAAACGAAACAAGUUUUUGGAAAAAGAAUGGCUCAUGACUAGGAUCAGUGAGGCAUGUGAUAGCUUACAUUUUAGUGAUCUCAAAGGCUUCUUUUCUCAUUCUACUAAAUGCUUUGAUAAUUACCUGGUUGAUCCUGUCAGUAUUCAUACCCACCAGUCUACCCAUCAGUCUACCCACCAGCUUUUAAGUUCCUUGGUUAUUAAGAAGGAUUGGGAUACAUUCCAAUAGAAAAGAUAAAAAAAAAACGCAAGGUCGUUUACGAUUUUGAGAUGUGGAAAAAAGUUGGUCGAAGAUAGAGCUGCUCAUUGUUGGGCGAUGUCGCUUGGGAUAUGGACAAUCAACAGAUGGAAUGCAAAUUCGAUCAAAAACGUCAAGUAC